AUGUUACUUUCCUCUGCUAUGAUCGACAGUGAAACCGCUGUGGUUUAUUCAAUGACGUUUGCUAUGUCUUCCGAGGAGUCAGCUCAUUUUACAAUUUCCUCCUCGCAGUCACAGGGGUUCUCAUGGAAUCAAGACCUAUUUGCAUCUCAGUAUCAACAAAUGUGUAAAGUAGUUUAUGAUGGGCAUGAGGAUGGGAUAACCUCUUUACUGGAACGGGUUAGAUCUGUCACACGCAGAAACAGUGCCUAUCAUGAUGUAUUUGAAGAUGAUGAGAACGAUGACAUAGAUUCCACAGAUAGCAUUUUGCGCAGGCGCUUAUCUGAGGAAAUCUUGAGACCUCGUCGGCGGUCUGAAAGGAGCAUAAGUUUUGUAUCUGACUCGAAGAAUGGAAAUUACAAGAAAGCUGAAACAAUAAUAAUAGAUGUUGACACCGACACAUCAGAGAACAUGUACCUCAGAUCUUUGUUAAAACAUGAUUAG